AACAAUAGACGACUCCUUCGUUGAAAAUAGUUAGCUGCAAAAAAAAAGUAGAGGACAUUUGCAAGAAUUCUAAGAUAAAAGCCUUAUUUGUUGGUUGAAGAGUAGAUUUGAAGUUCGAUCCCGCGAAAUGAUCCUCGGAUUUAUCGCCCAAUGCUAUUGAACACUAAUUUGAUGAAGGCAAUUCUGAAGAUCUUCUAGAAUGGCGGACAAGACGUUGGAGAAGUGUUCUUCAGAAGAGAAGGAUGAGAAGAAGAACGUAGAUCCGGAGUUCUUUAGCUGUCUACUCCAGCCUCCGGGUAACGAUGCCGAUGCUGAUCCCGACUAUGUCGGAAUUCGCCGGCUUCUUCUCAAUAGGAAGGCUGAGCAUGGUGUUGAUCGGCGUAAGGACUGGAAAUGUAAUGGAAAAGGUUAUGUAGCCUACCGUAAUUACAUUCGCAGGCCAAGGAAUUGGGAGAGUUUGCAUAUACCAAGCCAUCCAAGCACACCUGGGCAAAGUGGGCGAUGGGUUCCAUCUCCAGGUCCAUCCUCUCUUUUGUUUGAGGUGGAUAGCUGGAGUUCUAGCAGGGACCUGCGAGGGUACAAUCAAUCUCUAAGCCACCGUACAAGUUUUAGCUCUAGUACAAGUGAUUCUGAACGUGUACGUUACAAGGUUGAACCUGCUUAUUCUUUUGUAGGAAUGCAUUGUAUCUUUGAUAAUUGCAAAGCAUCAGUUACAGUAUUGAAAUUUGGGCACAUGAGUUCUGAUCUACUUGCAUAUGGAGCAUCUGAUGGAACCUUGACUGUUUGCACGGUAUCUCAGCCACCUUCAAUCAUCAAGCAGUUGAGAGGGCACUCCAAAGAUGUCACAGAUUUUGACUUUUCAUCCAACAACCAGUACAUUGCUUCAUCAUCAAUGGAUAAAACAGUGAGAAUUUGGGAGAUAUCUAAAGGCCAUUGCAUUCGAGUUAUUUAUGGGGUCUCUUCACAACUAUGCAUUCGUUUUCACCCAGUUAACAACAACUUCCUUUCAGUUGGCAAUGCAAACAGAGAAAUUACGGUAAUCAAUUUCAGCACUGGGAGAAUCAUGAAUAAAGCAGUCUUUGAAAAUGAGGUUACAGCUCUGGAUCAUGAUCAUACUGGAAAUCUCAUAUUCUGUGGGGAUGCUCAGGGAUGCAUAUACACUGUAGGUAUGGACUCUCGUACAGGAGAAUUAUCCAGAUCUCAUCGCAACCGAAAUAGCAGUAAGCGCAAGUCACCGAUAACAACCGUGCAAUAUCGGACCUUUUCUCUGCUGGCACGGGGCCCUGUACUGUUGGCAUGCACUCAAGAUGGAAGUCUUUCUUUCUUCAGUGUUGCUUUGCAGGUACAAGGUUAUUUGACUCUUCGUUGUUCUCUCAAAUUGGCUCCUCGAGUGCACAGUAUCCGUGCUUCCUUCUGCCCCCUGUUGUCCCUUGAGAAAGGCGAAUUUAUAGUUUCCGGAAGUGAGGAUUCAAAUGUGUACUUUUAUGACUUGACUCGGCCAAAGCACACGUGUGUGAACAAGCUACAGGGUCAUGGUUCUCCGGUCAUAGGUGUUGCUUGGAACAAUGGGGAGAACCUAUUAGCAUCGUCUGAUUCUGAUGGGACAGUGAUUGUAUGGAAGCGGGCAAAGGCAAGUUAAAGCAAUCUUAUACAGAGAGGUAGGAAUUCUAAAGCCUUAGAACGAGAGAAGUUUACAGGAAAGUCAGCUCUAUUGGCCAUGCCUUCCAACGAGUGAAGUUUACAAGAAUGUCAGUCUAUUGGCCAUGCCAUUUCUUUGUCAAUCUGGCGGAACACAUACAGGAGAUAUAAUAACUGAAUGUAUUUGAUUCUUUAUCAUGUACCAUUUCAUUACAGAAAUGAAAUACCGACUGGAAUCAAUUUUUCCAAUGGCAACAUAAACCUGAUUGGGUGCAUAAUUUGAAGUUUGAGCUAGAAUUCAUAAUUAUGUUCACAUAUUCAGAACUA